CGUGCUCAUUCACAGGCGUGCCAGGCGGAGAGUGAGCGGGCCGUGCAGCAGAGGCUGGAGGAGGUGAGCCAGAAGCUCCAGAAGUCCCAGGACACCAGCAACAUCAUGCAGGCCCAACUAGACCAGGCUCAACAGGAGGCCACCGCCUUCGCCGGUCAGUGGACCCCACCUCACUGGUUACAUACCUUGACCACAUGAUAACCUGCUACUCUGUAACAGUGCUAGUCGCGCUAACCCAGUCACUCUAACCUCUAUUUUAACCCUAACCAUCACAGGAAAAGCCUUGCACUAAGUGGGAGAGGUCUCUCACACACAGCUAUGUUCCCGAUACCUUAUUAUUUAGAUUUGCUUUUAGAUUUAGAUUCAUACUGAUCUCUCUACUCUUCGCCACAUUUCUCAUUUUUUUUGUCCUUUUUUGUGUGGAUUUAUACAAAUUUGGCAGACUAGGCUCUGGUUUUGAAUUGAAUUAAAUUGAAUAAAACUUGGAUCUCCACAGAGCUCAAGGAGCGCAUGGCCACCAUGGAGGCCGAGCUGAAGGAGCGCUGUGCCGAGCUGGAGGACCUUAAGUCCCAACAGGCAGUAGUGUCAGCUGUGGAGGAGGCUGCCAAGGAGCAGACUGCCCCACUGGAGGCUGCCGUUGAAACCCCCACCGAAAAGCAGGAGACUGUGACGGAAAGUGUUACCGAGACCCCCACUGCCACCGAAAUCCAAGUAAGCUCCAGAGGCCUGUUUUUUAUUUUCCCCCAGCUGCAAAUAGUUUAGAUUGUAGACACAAUUCCAAAUCAACCCCUGGCCCCUAAGCAGUCUUGUAGAUCGGAAAAUAUUUGGAUAGGUAUAAGCAAUAUGGCCGACAUUCCACCUGUCAGAGUACAGGUGGAGUUGUAACCAUAUUGCUUACACCAAUCCAAUACUUUCAGAUCUACCUGUUUUUUGUUUUGUCAAAGCAAAGGGGCCUCAUUUAUCAAAGGUGCAUGUGCACAAAAAAUACUCUAAACCUUGCGGGCGCCAUUUUUCCUGCAAAGUAUACGUAUCUCCACGUGAAUCUCAGACCAUGAGUAUGCACAACUUCUAGUGGUUGAUCAACUGUAUUGCAAGCAAAUAUUGUUAUUUUUGGGGAAAUUGAGGUUUAUGAUGCACUGGAAUUAUAAUAGUGGUAGGCUAAUAAAAAACAAUUAAAUGUAGGCCUAAUGAUAAAACGGAUGCAUUAGGCCAUUGGUAAGAAGAUCGCAUAGCAACAUGUUGCCUAAUUAGGGCUGUCCCAAACAAAACCAAAUCUUGGUAGACCGAGAGUUGUCUGUUCAUUCAACCAAGCGAUUGGUCAACAUUUUAAAACAAAUUUUUCCUUAGACACACCCGGUGUUUGAAUAAAAUCAACUAUAUGUAGGCUACUGAGCUUGUCUGACGCUUUAAGCGCUGCGAUUAAAAAUGAAGACACACAAAUUACUAAAGAGGGAGCCAGAGAUCAAUAUAGCCAAACCAGAAGAAAAAAAAACUGUUCCUGCCCACUGCUGCUGCUGACCUUCGCAGAUUCUGCCGUUAGGCUCCUAAAGUUGCCGGUAAUAGGCUACAUCAGCGGUCGGCAACAUUUUCCAUUUGGAGUGCCAAGUUAUCGUACCAUUUCCGUUAGGCUCCUAAAGUUGCCGGUAAUAGGCUACAUCAGCGGCCGGCAACAUUUUCCAUUUGGAGUGCCAAGUUAUCGUACCAUUUCUACGGAUCUGCGUGCCGGUUAUGAUUUUCACAUUUUCGUGGAACAGUUUCAUUUAUAAUAAAGUCUUCAUAUCUCAAUCAAUGUCAUGGUUAAUCAAAAUUCUAUCUAAAUGAAAAUGAUACAAAUCUAAAAGUAACUUAUUUUGCCAAUAUGUAAAAAUAGCCUACAUAAAGCCAACAAAUAAAAACAUUGCAGCCCACAGGUCGAAAAUAUCCUAAUUAAAAUAAAUAUCCUAUAAAUCACAUUGGCAACGCAUGGCCUGUCUGCAAGGAACUCGUGCUAGCAAACUUGCAACAUUGUAUAAAAUGUUCUGGGCCCUCAGUUUCCUGCGCCAGUGAACUCCGGACAGACAGACACAGCUGUAGGCUAUUUGUGCAAGGGAUAAGAAGUAAUCAGUUAAGCCUAUUUUAUGAUGUUUUCACUGGAUCAGAGCAUUAGUUUUUUUUUUUAACUUUCAUGCUGAGUGGUUAUCAUAGGGAGAGAGCUGGAAAGAUUUUUCAAAUGGGCUACGUUGAACUAUUGUCAUUCUCAAUGGAUGUAAAAACAGACUUUGCUUACUUGCUGUUUGAGGCGAAGGAAAAAAUUACUUUGAAGCUAUGGUGAGUUAAGACAAUCAGAAAUGGUAUCAGAUCCCGAAAUGGGCACAUUUAUAGGCUGACAUUUGCGUGCAGGCCAGGUAGCCUAGGCCUACUUCUAUGCGUAAUCAGGUGCAUGUCCUUACUCAAGAUUGACAGGAGCGCUCCAAACACAAGACAAUGAAUACAUUCACAACUUGUAAAUGGAAUGAAAUAAACCAAAACUUUCUCAAAGUGUAGCCGAGGUUGUGCGCUCUGCAAACAACGUGUCCACUCCUACAAUAAUGGUAAGACUGUAACAGAAAUCACCAUAAUCAAACAAACAUUGUAGAUUAUAAGCGCACAACCAUCACUGUACUCUUCCUGGGGUCCAAACACAUUAAGGCACUUACAUUACACAUAAAACAAAAGAAAGAACAGUACAUAUAACAUUAUUACACCACUACAUAUCUACAAUACAAAAUGUAUAAUACCACUAUAGAACAAUAUUACAAUGUGCGUGUGUGUGUGUGUGUGUGUGUGUGUGUAUGUAUGCGUGUACCUGUGUGUGUCUCACAGUCCCCCGCAGUUCCAUAAGAUGUAUGGUUUUAUUUAUUAAUUUCUUUGUAGUUUUUACCCCCUUUUCUCCCUAAUUUCGUGAUGUCUCAUCGCUGCAACUCCACAACGGGCUUGGGAGAGGCGAAGGUCGAGUCAUGCGUCCUCCGAAACAUGACCCGCCCGCUUAACCUGGAAGCCAGCUGCACCAAUGUGUCGGCCUGCAGGCACCCGGCCUGCCACAAGGAGUCGCUAGAACGCGAUGAGCCAAGUAAAGCUCCCCAUUUCCAAAUCAUACAGCAAAUGAGGGCGUUUUUGUUACCAUAAAAGGUGAAUGGAGGGUGUUUUCCAGGUGGGGUUGUAGCGCUGAUUUUAUCAAUGACAGUUUGAUAAAUCCUAAUAAUUUUUGGCGCACACAUCCUAGAAUCUCGAUGUACGCCAGAAUUUAGUAAGACAUUUAAUCACGGUUCAUAAAUGAGGCAGCUUUGACAAUAAACCCUUAUACUAUAAGCCUGUAGACCACCAAUCAGUAUCCAUUGUUUUUAACACUAGAACCUAAUUUUAUUAUUACUCUGCCAUUUCUAAAGUCAUUGACUUGUCCUAAAUAAGUCUAUAUAACACGCUGUCGUUGUUUAGAAUCUUAAUAUCACAAACAGAACUGGAGUUAUAACCAGUUUUGGCGGGCAUGUCAUUUUAAUGUUUUUCCCCCAUUGCCCCUCCUCCUCCCGACAGUUUGAGGUGCCGUGCCCAGUUGAUAAUCACCCCGAUAAUUGCCUCGAAACUGAACCUAAACCAUACUGAAACGAUUUUCACACAUAUAACAGAUUAAAUAAAUUAAGUGAAGUAUGAUGUGGGAGAAUGGGUGAGUUGAUGAGCGAGGGGAAGCGAACGAUGCACCAAUUGUGGUUGAAGAACAGGGCGAGCCAUUCUAUUGUAUUGAUCUAUUCUAAUUAUAAGCUCAAAAUGGUAUAUACCCUACAUCAGUCCACUGAAUCCAAGCAGUCUUAUCAGUCUACUCUGGCCUACUUGGAGUACACAGUAAGUGCGUGCAUAAUUUACAAUGGCAAGAAGACUAAGAUGAACGGCUGCACAUGCUGCGUAAGCAUUGCUACAAAAUCUGAACAAAAACGACUGAUGGUGGGGAAGAAAUUAAUCAUGACAUCUCUGAUUAUUCUUCUGAUUCUGAGCUUCAGCCUGAACCUAUACCUCAGAGGCCUAAGCAUAAAAAAGCCAGAAUGGUGCACACUGAGCAGGUGUCAGUGCCACCACGAAAUGAAACGGUGAGACAGGACAGAGGAAGGGACCACACCGUUUGGAUAAAACACGCCGGUGACAAUGCUACGGGCCGAUUAUCAGCACAGAAUGUCAUCACUGAGAGGGCAGACCCUACAUCUAAAGCAUAAAACAACAUCAUCAGCUUUUUGUAAAAUAUGAAUGGGAAUAUACUAAAGUUAGAUUUUACUCAUUUACUUAUAAGAAUUUCUAGGGGUGCCAAUAAUUGUGGCACACAUUUUGGAUAAAAAUAGUUCAUUUAUUUCAAAUUAAUUUUUUCCUAUAAUUUUACUUACAUUUAAGGUUAGAUUUUUGUGAAUAAUUUGAAUGAAAGACCAAGAGGAUAAACAGCAAAGAAAAACAUUUCGUUGCCCGUUUUUUCUCAUAUUUACCAAGGGUGCCAAUAUUAGUGGAGGGCACUGUAAGCAUCAGACCCAUUGCUAUGACUCAAAAUUGAGCUCAGGUGCAUGCUGUUUCCAUUGAUCAUCCUUGAGAUGUUUCUACAACUUGAUUGGAGUCCACCUGUGGUAUUUUCAAUUGAUUUGACAUGAUUUGGAAGGCACACACCUGUCUAUAUAAGGUCCCACAGUUGACAGUGCAUGUCAGAGCAAAAACCAAGCCAUGAGGUCGAAGGAAUUGUCCGUAGAGCUCAGAGACAGCAUUGUGUCAAGGUACAGAUCUGGGGAAGGGUACCAAAAAAUGUCUGCAGUAUUGAAGGUCCCCAAGAACACAGUGGCCUCCAUCAUUCUUAAAUGAAAGAAGUUUGGAACCACCAAGACUCUUCCUAGAGCUGGCCGCCUGGCCAAACUGAGCAAUCGGGGGAGAAGGGCCUUGGUCAGGGAGGUGACCAAAAACCUGAUGGUUACUCUGACAGAGCUCCAGAGUGCCUCUGUGGAGAUGGGAGAAACUUCCAGAAGGACAACCAUCUCUGCAGCACUCCACCAAUCAGGCCUUUAUGGUAGAGUGGCCAGACGGAAGCCACUCCUCAGUAAAAGGCACAUGACAGCCCGCUUGGAGUUUGCCAAAAGGCACCUAAAUGACUCUCAGACCAUGAGAAACAAGAUUCUCUGGUCUGAUGAAACCAAGGUUGAACUCUUUGGCCUGAAUGCCAAGCGUCACGUCUGGAGGAAACCUGGCACCAUCCCUACGGUGAAGCAUGGUGGCGGCAGCAUCAUGCUGUGUGGAUGUUUUUCAGCGGUAGGGACUGGGAGACUAGUCAGGAUCGAGGGAAAGAUGAACGGAGCAAAGUACAGAGAGAUCCUUGAUGUAAACCUGCUCUAGAGCGCUCAGGACCUCAGACUGGGGCUAAGGUUCACCUUCCAACAGGACAAAGACCCUAAGCACACAGCCAACACAAUACAAGAGUGACUUCGGGACAAGUCUCAAUGUCCUUGAGUGGCCCAGCCAGAGCCCAGACUUGAACCCGAUCAAACAUCUCUGGAGAGACCUGAAAAUAGCUGUGCAGCUCCCAAUCCAACCUGACAGAGCUUGAGAGGAUCUGCAGAGGAGAAUGGGAGAAACUCCCCAAAUACAGGUGUACCAAGCUUGUGGCGUCAUACCCAAGAAGACCCGAGGCUGUAAUCGCUGCCAAAGGUGCUUCAACAAUGUACUGAGUAAAGGGGCUGAAUACUUGUGGAAAUGUGAUAUUUCCGGUUUUUUUUUUUAUAAAUUUGCAAAAAUGUCUAAAAAACAGUUUUUACUUUUGCUUUGUCAUUAUAUGGUAAAAUAAUAAAUGCUAUUGUUAUUAUAAAAAAAUGUAUUGUAAUUGUAACGCCUUCAUUUAUUUUUUAUCAUGCUCUAUAUGAAAUGUAUUAAUUACAUUGUUAAAAUGUUGCUGUCAGAAUGACCGCUCAUUAGCUUGAAAGGGGGUCCCUCGUGGCCACACGUCAUGCUCAGAGCUUUAGUCUAUCCAUCUUGUUUCUAAACAGGUUGACUACUCUGCUGAGAUUGAAGAGCUAAAGAUCAGGUACGCUGAGUCAUAUUUCUGUUAGAUACCAUGUAUCGAAUCUCCGUAUCCAACCUUUUCUACCGAAUGGGGAUAUUUAUUUAUCUCCCUCUUUCAGUCUGAUAACCAAAGAAGGUCAUGUGGCCACUCUAGAAGAAAAGCUCCAACAGCUGAAGGUUGAACUGGAGCUGGUGAGAUCUUCCCACACUGUUGAGGAGCCACAGGUCAACGGGUAUGUUAACUUUACUGGGAUAUCAUGUGGCCUGGGGUUGGUUUAGCCAAGUGGUUAGCGCCGCGGUCCUCAGCACAUGUAUACAACAGUGUCCUUGUGGGUUCCAAUCCUGCACCUCACUGCUAUUAUUACACACAUCUUGUCUCAUCUCACUUUGUUGUCUCUCUAGCUAUACCACUGUAUCUGUUCUAUUACAUACAGUACCAGUCAAAAGGUUGGACACCUACUCAUUCAAGGGUUUUUCUUUAUUUUGACUAUUUUCUACAUUGUAGAAUAAUAGUGGAGAUCUCAAAACUAUGAAAUAACACAUAUGGAAACAUUUAGUAACCAAAAAAAGUGUUAAACAAAUCAAAAUAUAUUUUAUAUUUGAGAUUCUUCAAAUAGCCACCCUUUGCCUUGAUGACAGCUUUGUACACUCUUGGCAUUUUCUCAACGAGCUUCAUGAGGUAGUCAACUGGAAUGCAUUUCAAUUAACAGGAGUGCCUUGUUAAAGGUUAAUUUGUGGCAUUUCUUUCCUUCUUAAUGCGUUUGAGCCAAUCAAGGUAGGGGUGGUAUACAGAAGAUAGCCCUAUUUGGUAAAAGACCAAGUCCAUAUUAUGGCAAGAACAGCUCAAAUAAGCAAAGUGAAACGACAGUCCAUCAUUACUUUAAGACAUGAAGGUCAGUCAAUCCAGAACAUUUCAAGAACUUUGAACAUUUCUUCAAGUGCAGUCGCAAAAAGCAUCAAGCGCUAUGAUGAAACUGGCUCUCAUGAGGACCGCCACAGGAAAGGAAGACCCAGAGUUACCUCUGCUGCAGAGGAUAAGUUCAUUAGAGUUAACUGCAUCUCAGAUUGCAGCCCAAAUAAAUGCUUCACAGAGUUCAAGUAACAGACACAUCUCAACAUCAACUGUUCAGAGGAGACUGCGUGAAUAAGGCCUUCAUGGUCGAAUUGCUGCAAAGAAACCACUACUAAAGGCAAAGGGUGGCUACUUUGAAGAAUCUCAAAUAUAAAAUAUAUUUUGAUUUGUUUAACACUUUUUUUGGUUACUACAUGAUUCCAUGUGUGUUAUUUCAUUGUUUUGAUGUCUUCACUGUUAUUCUACAAUGUAGAAAAUAGUAAAAAUAAAGAAAAACCCUUGGUGUCCAAACUUUUGACUGGUAGUGUAUAUUAUGCAUUUUAUUUGUUGGGUUUUGUUUCCUGUUUGGACCCAGAAGAGUAGCAGCGGCUAAUUGGAAUUCCCACUCUUUUAGGGAAAUAAACUUUACUGGUGCCUCGUCCACAUAUUUAGACCAACAAAUGGGAAUUUUCCCUGCCCAAAACCAAAAACUAUCAAAUCUGGUCAAGAAUCUGAAGUCAUCAUUCCAUAGAUUUUGAAAAACAUUAAGUUAUGUUUUUCUGGCAUGUCAGUGUGAUGGAAGAGGAGGAGCAAUCACCUGUUGAAGAACAGCUGGUGAAGAUGGACAACACGGCAGAGAUCGAACUCCUACAGAACAGGUAUGGGAGGAAUUUUGUAUAUUUCUAUUAUUUUAUAGUUCUAUUAUGAACUAUUCACUUUACUUACUUAGCCGGUACGCACAAAUCUCCAAUGGCAAGCCUAUUAUUCAAUUAUUGGCCCUCUAGGGACGAAGUACUGUCUGUGGUUAAUUGGUCAGUUUAUCAUUGACUAGACCAUGAGUUCACUCACCUGGUGUCCCAACUCUGAAGAAUGAAACCAGUGUAGUGUUCAGAUACAAACACUAUGCAUACGUAAAGGAAAAGGAAUCACAUCGGCUAUAUUCAUGACAAUUCUAUCUGCAACAGUUUACAACGUUUUCCUACUGAACUUGUCCCAGAAGUGUUUUGGCCCUCUAGGACAAUAAUUGAUUAGCCCUGUCUAGUCUGGUCUAGUCUGUAGUGCUCUAAAUAAGUCUGUCUUACUAUAUCACAACCUAAUAACUCUGUUUUCCCAUGUCAGCCUUAAGGAAAAAGAGCGCAUUGUGACGUCCCUUGAAGAGCAACUGCAGACGUUGAGUGCCAAGAUGGAGGUGAAGAGAACUGAUGCUGUAAGUUGGCAAACCUGUUGGAAAAUUAGAGUUCAAAUUCAACAUUUCUCUCUUAAAAUCCUGUAUUUGUGUACACUACCGGUCAAAGGUUUUAAUUUAUUUUUACUAUUUUCUACAUUGUAGAAUAAAAUUUAAGACAUCAAAACUAUGAAAUAACACAUAUGGAAUCAUGUAGGUACCAACAAAGUGUUAAACAAAUCAAAAUAUAUUUUAUAUUUGAGAUUCUUCAAAUAGCCUCCCUUUGCCUUGAUGACAGCUUUGCACACUCUUGGCAUUCUCUCAACCAGCUUCAUGAGGUAGCCACCUGGAAUGCAUUUCAAUUAACAGGUGUGCCUUCUUAAAAGUUCAUUUGUGGAAUUUCUUUCCUUCUUAAUGCGUUUGAGCCAAUCAGUUGUGUUGUGACAAGGUAGGGGGGGUACAGAAGAUAGCCCUAUUUGGUAAUAGACCAAGUCCAUAUUAUGGCAAGAACAGCUCAAAUAAGCAAACAGAAACGACAGUAAUAAAAUGAAACCCUUGAAUGAGUAUGUGUUCUAAAACUUUUGACCGGUAGUGUAUGUACUAUAUGUUCCAUUCAACACCAGAAGUUCCCCCAUGGGACAAAUGUAUUAUCAGUAAAGUUAUUUGAAUUCUAUUGAAUCUGUUGUGCAGGCGGAGAGACCAGCAGACACAGAGCAGCUUCAGAGCAGUCUGAAGGAGAGGGAGAGCCAAGUGGCCUCGUUAGAGGAAGAGCUCAAACAGCUGAGAGAGGAGAUGGAGCAAGGGAAGAGUGCAAACGCUGUAAGGCUUCUAUUCUCUGUGUGCGCACAAGUGUGUGUGUGUGUGUGGUGUUAAGCCUUACUGUGUAAGGUUUAGUCUUACUCUGUAAGGCCUAGAUUUAGUUUUACUGCGUAAAGUUUACGUUUUCUAUAUGUGCUUUUUGUCAGAUGAAAAACGUGACCAUUGGUAUCUUGAAUGAUGCAUAUUCUUUCAAUUCUCCAACACAGGAGUCGGGAAGUGAGACAGAAGCCGAACAGCCAUUUGAAAGGUAUGUGUCCAUUCCUAAGCCUUUAAGCACUUGAGGUGUAUUCUUUGACCCAAUAGUGCAUGCAUUGUUUAAUCUAAUGAGCAGGGUUGGGGGUCAAUUCCAGUUGAAAUGGUAUUUCCCCAUAGGAAUGAAUUUCAAUUCCUGAACUGGUACUGUAAUUGAUAUGGAAUUUCCCCCCAGCCCUGCUAAUGAGUGUUAUGUUUUCAGCCUUGAGAAAGAUUCCCAGAUGCUAUCUCUGGAAGAGGAGCUACAACGGCUAAAGGAGGAAAUGGAACAAGUUAGGAACAAAAGCAAUGUAAGUUAGUGUAAUGUGGGUUUGAUGGUUUUGCGUUGCUCAAAGAGAGGUAUGCUUGUUGCCCCUUGACUGUGUUGGCUUAGCUGAAAGCGAAAUGCUAAAUGCUCUGCUGUACCCUACAGGAUCUCCGCGAAAAGAACUGGGCGGCAAUGGAAGCCUUGACCGCUGCUGAGAAGUUGAAUGAGGAAAGGCUGGCUGUGGCGAAGGGUGCACAGGUCAGUGGCAUGCAACACCCAGAGUCGUAUAUAUGCGCUCCGCUUCAUGCUGCCUCUUUCCUUUCAUGGCAGCCAUGGUUCUGCCUCCUGAUCAAUAUUGGCUAAUAGGAGGUCAGGGAUCUUCUCCAUUUUCAACAAGGCUAUCUGAAUGGCUAAACUUGGAACUAGAAUCCAAAUGCAAAUCAUGAAUGAAAUGCUCAGAGGCAGCAACAUGAUGUCUGGCACUAAAGUCGGUUGAACUCUCUGUAAAUACUCUGGCUACACUCACAUUGACAAAUGAGGAUACGUCAGACAUAUGCACACUGUUGUGAAUACGGUUUGUGAUGGGUAGCUUUCAUGAUGCUUUGACUUUGCGUCUAUUUCUAGAGCGUAGCCGAGGAAGCACUGAGCUCGUUCCAGACAGAAGCUCAAAAAGCUCUUCAGAUGAUCUGCCCUGACAUCUCUUUAGAAGCUGAGCAGGUAAGUUAGUUGGGUUUGCAAUCGCCGACACAGACUUCAAAUUAUUAUUCUCCGGCACAAAGCUUGUUGUUCUGUGUGGAUACUCCUUGCUAGUCUGAAUUGGAGCUCGUUCCUUAUUUACCCACACAAUACUAACAGGGUGGUCAGUAAUAUAUUAUGUCGUUAACAGGAAUGGAUUUGGAAAAUAAAAUCACUCUGGAAAGUUGCCAAUGUAAAUCCUUGCCGAUGUAAAAAUUGAUUUCACCUUAAACAAGACUACGUCAGCAGCCAUUUUUUUCCAGCUCUGUAGUUAAAAUACCUCAAUUACUAAUUGUAACCAUAAGAUAUGAUAUGUGUUAUUCUUUACAGAAUAACUGGUUGGAGCUACUCAUCCAGAAAGCACAGGCUACUGAAAUUCCACAGAGCCAAGAAGUCCAGCAAGAGAACUUGCAAACCACAGACUCUGAGGUGAGGACCCUGUGUUUUACCCUGAUUAUAGUGUAUGCAUUGCAUUUUGAAGUGACCAACAUUAUUGUAACGUUGGACUGCUUCAAAAUACCACUAACAAUAGAAGUUCCUCUACACCUGUUGCUAUAAGAAGACAUUUAGUCGCCUACUGCUCAACAUUAAUUACAUGUUCGUCCCUGAAACAGACAACAAAAGUGCAUCUUGGCUUUUCCUGCCCUGGUGUUUCAGAUGAGCCCCAGACACUGUCAUGAUUGUGUGCUUGUUUUCUCUUUAGGAGCUUUUGUCAAAGCUCAGAGAAGCCGAGGAGUCCCAGAAAACACUACAGGCAGAGUGUGAGCAGUACAGAACUGUCCUGGCUGAAACGGUAAGUCAAACCAUGGUCCUGUGUGUGAACGCCUAACUUUCCAUCCAACUUCAGUCAGUUUGAGGGGGACACAGCUUGACUUUGGUGUCCGUGUCUGUGAUAAAACCCUUGUUUGUGUCCCAAAUUGCACCCUAUAUCCGACAAUGCACUUGAUAGGGAAUAGAUUGUGUAAUACAGAAGGUGGAGUGACAUGAAUAACGUGUAAGCUUUAUUAACCUCUUAAGGAUCGGUCCCUUUUUUUAAAUGUUUGCCUAAAAUGACAUACCCAAAUCUAACUGCCUGUAGCUCAGGACCUGAAGCAAGGAUAUAUGUAUUCUUGAUACCAUUUGAAAGGAAACACCUCGAAGUUUGUGGAAAUGUGAAAUUAAUGUAGGAGAAUAUAUCACAUUAGAUCUGGUAAAAGAUAAUACAAACAAAAAAACAUGCGUUUUCUAUUUUAUUUUUUGUUCCAUCAUCUUUGAAAUGCAAGAGAAAGGCCACAAUAUAAUAUUGCAGUUUAGGCACAGUUUAGAUGUUGGCCACUAGAUGGCAGCAGUGUGUGUGCAAAGUUUCAGAUUGAUCCAGUGAAGCAUUGCAAUACUGGACUAUUUUGUAUCAAGUCUGCCCAAAUGUGCCGAAUUGGUCAAUUGAUACAUUUUCAAGUACAUAACUAUAGAGAACAUAGAAAAAUGAUAUGGUAAUACAAAAUGUAAGUUUACACACUCCCAGGAAUGUCAUACAUGAUGGAUGAUUAGCUUAUACACUAACUUUCACACAUCUAGAUGGCCGGGCGGGGUGGGUGUGGAGCCAGAGACAGCAGGGGUUCAAACUGUAGAACCCAGUUCCUACAUUUGAAUAUAAAAAUUGAUUUGAUCAAACAAAACCUAUGCUACAUUUUAUCUCUGGGACCCUUAGGAUGACAAAUCAGAGUAAGAUUACUGAAUGUAAGUACAUUAUUUACCUUCAGAGGGGAAUGUAUCAAACCAGUUGCCGUGAUACAUUUUUUGUUGUUGUGCACUCUCCUCAAACAAUAGCAUGGUAUUUUUUCACUGUAAUAGCUACUGUAAAUUGGAUAGUGCAGUUAGAUUAACAACAAUUUAAAGCUUUAUGCCCAUAUAAGACAUGUCUAUGUCCUGGAAAGUCAUGCUAAUCACAUUACCACAUGUUAGCUCAACCGUCCCGUAUACGGGACACCGAUCCCGUAGAGCAGGGUUCUUCAAUUCCGGUCCUGGAGGGCCGAAACACUUCAGUUUUUUAUUUCUACCUGGUAGUUAAUUGCACUCACCUGGUUUCCCAGGUCUGAGUUAGCCCCUGAUUAGAAGGAGAGGAUGAAAAACAGAGGUGUUUCGGCCCUCCAGGACCGGAAUUGAAGAACCCUGCCGUAGAGGUUAAUGUAAACAGGCAAGAAUCGCUAGCUGCACUAACAUACUUGUACUCUCGCUUUACACCUAGAAGUAGGUAUUAUGAUGUAAGAUAACAGCGCCACAUAACUGCAUUCCCACAUUAUCACACUUCCUUUAGGAGGGCAUGCUGAAAGACCUUCAGAAGAGUGUGGAGGAAGAGGAGCACGUGUGGAAGGCCAAAAUUGCAGAGGCUGAGGAGCAACGGCAAGCAGUAAGUUAUUUUUCUUCAAUCCUCUCUCUGGUCUUACUGAAUAUCAGCAGACGUGAUGGUUUCCUAUAAGAUGACUUGAUACGAAGUUAAAAGCAAUUUUGUCUUGCAGGCUUUGGAUCAGGUGAAGGUGUUGGAGCAAGCUGCAGAGGAUAUGAAGAUGGACAAUGAAAGCACAGACCAGGUAGAGCUUUUGCACCAGUUUUGUGAUGGUGAUACAAAGCUCAAUCUAAACCCUAAUGUACUGUAUGUUGGAUUUACUUCCAGUCACAGACUUGAGUAAACCAGCUUUUUGAUUGGUUUUAGUAUGAUAUUUAAAAGUUUCUUAUUAUCCUGUGUUUUGUGCAGCUGAAAGAGCAGGUGAUGCUUUUGGAGGCCCAGUUGGAGAAACAGCUGGAGUCCAUCAGCUGUAGCCAGACCUACGCCGAGGAGGUCGCCCAGGUAGGCAAACCACGCCAUUACACCUGGGUCAUUAUGUUUUCAGGUUAAAAAUGUUUUCAGUUUGUCAUUGUCAUGUUGUGGUCUGUGCCUAAAGGACACGACCUACGUUCAGCUUUUAUUUUCAUAUAUUUUAUUUUUGAUUAGGAUCUCUUUUAGCACCCCAUGGGUUAGUCUUCCAAGUGUGGCAAUACAGUUGUUUAAACACAGAUUUUACAUCGUUAACAUCCACCUACUGUAUAUGUAUUUUUUGCUACUUGGGUUGUACAUUGGUUGCUUGUAGCUACAGUCUACAUCUUCUUUGCCUUUGCAGCUAAAGGCCUUCUUAACGAAGACCCAGAGUCAGCUGGAGACAGCCCAAUUGGAAGCACAGAAGCAGGCAGAGGAACUAUCUGUGGUAGGUUUGACGCGCCAGUCGUCAUUUUAGUGCCAUAAAAUGAUGCCAUUUCCACUCCAGCAGUGAUGGACUCUGCUGUUUGCGGGCUUAAAUGAGCAAUCUACUAUUGACCCCCUGCUUCAAGUAGAAGUUUCCCUCAACCACAGCUCUAGGAUCAGAUUACACUAACCUUUGCCAUUAGGCUUAUGAAAGAUAUCUGAUCUUGUAUCAGUGGUUAGUGGUCAAUUCUACCAACUGUAUUGCGCCGUUGGAGGGGGACAAUGAACAACAAGGCUCUUUGGCCUCUUUGAACAGCAGUUUGAGUUCAGAUGGGCACAACGUUAUGUUCUGAUAGAAAGACAUUGUCUAGAACAGACAUGGGUUUCUGAUGUGUAGAGUUAAUGCCAGCUCGAUUUGUGGCAUUUCUAUCUGCAAUGUUCAGUAUGUUAAGUGAAAGAACCCUCCUGAGCGCGACCCAGGGCUUUGGGUGUGUCCCAAUAGUAUUUCAUUCCUCCUGAAGGGUGCAUUUGUUCACUACAUCCCACAAAUCUAAAAUAAUUGGCUUGUGGGAGAUUACACCAAAUCACUGCACACUUUGGGAGGAAGAAGAGAUAACUGGAGCAUUGCAACAUUGCCUUCUUGUUGAGUGGCAGAUUGCUUCCUGUUGCAGGUCAGACAGCAGCUGAGCGAGUCGACGGAGCACGUGCAGAGCCAGGAGGCCUCCGAGCCCACACAGGUCAGGGUGCCUGGCCGACAGGGAGCACCCUGCACAAGCUUGCUGAGAACUAUCAGACUCACAAUUUAUUUAUCGAAUUGACUACAAGCCGCAAUCCUGAAUGGAAACGAUAAGCACCACGUAAUUUUCAGAUUUGUGGUGCUCAUCUUGAUUUUGGAGUGUAAUAUCCCUUUAUGCACUAGGCUAGGGCACCCUACCAAUGUAGUGUUCAUUCACAUAGUGUUCACUCACCUAUUAGAGACCAAUCUGUAUCUAAAUAAUAAUGUACGGCAUGUCGUCACGCUGUAAUUAUGCCCUUAUACAAUUAAAUAAUAUUUAAUAUUUUCAGUUAUUAGCUAUUAUGACAAAUAUGUGGACAUCAUUCAGAUCAGAAGCAGCAGAAUCCAGUGUAAAAACAAUUUCACAUUACACAUGAUCUAUUCUGUCUGAUAGUUCUCAAAGGCAGCAGCUUUUGCUAUACGUUAACCACACUAUGUGCUUUAUAAAACGCAAACGUUUUAUAGCAAUUAAAUGCCUAUUUAACUCUAGUUGUCGGCUUCCUUGCAUGAACAUGUAUGUGUGUGUUUGCAAGUCCCAUAUUCUGAGGUGCUGCACCAGUGGCUGUUGUAAGAAAAACUUGAUUGAAACAGCAAAACGCUAACACCCUUCAAAUGUAUUUUUCAAAUAGCCAGAGCUCAGUGGUGAGUGAGUGAGUUUUUCUUUGUUGAUGCUUGUUUGGUACAUUGCAUAACGGACCACUUUGGAAGACCAGCACAGCUUGCUUGUUUCACCUGAACCAGAGACGGCCCUUCAGGUGUCUACUUGUUCUAACCUCACCGUUUUGGAAAACCUCUUCACACUUUGCUGCGGGACUGGCCCAUACGCCACCACAUUGUGUCCUACCGCCCCUGGUCUUUCUGGGGGGAGUGAUUGGACUGACCAGUUUUUGUGUGUGUAUUAUCUCAGGUCCAAACCCAGCUGGAGCAGACUACAAACAAGAUGCAAACGGAGGAAGAGAUGAGACAGCAGCUGGCCGUUGACUUUGACCAGGUAAGUCAUAAUAAAGUCAUCGUUUCAGCAGAAUGUCUUUAAUAUGUUCGCGAUAUAGUGAGUAUACAACUGACAUGGUAAGAAGGAGGUUAGAUGUGCCGGAGUCUGGUGCAGCAGUCUAAACUCCCAACCAAAUAUACCCCUGGCAACGGGGGUUGGAGUGCUGUCUCGGCCACCCUUUUUGUCUACACCCCUACUGUCUCCCUCUCUACAUUUCCAGCUGUGCUGUCAAAAAUAAUAAAAACACUUAAGGUCAGAAUUCCUAUCUCCUUAAAAAAAAUGAAUGUUAGAUAAGUGUUAAUUGAUCCAAUGUUUCAAUGUAUUACUUAAUGCAUUCCAUUAGUUGGGCACCAGUGAUCACAUCUGGAUGAGCACAGUAUGGAACAGAAACGUACAGCUUCUUUUACUCAAUCCGCUCACCCGUGACAUAUCGGUCAUACAAUACAGUACAACUUUAUUGUCCAACGUGAAUUCUUAUUUUUGCUACCUUAUGUUAUUCCCAACCUCUCGGAUACCACCACAUCAUUUGGCUGUCAGUCUUUGGAGCCAAUCAGUCGUUAUAUUUGGGAUGUAUUGCCAAUGGCAUUUUUAUUUCUAUCUACGACCAUUUACUUCAUCUUUGUUCUUAAAUCUUUUUCCUCUCCCCUUGCAGGCUCAGAAGUGCGUGACUGACCUGCAGACACAGAUGGACCAAAUGAAGGCAGCAGGAGACUGCUCCACAGGAGAACUCAAGGUGCUUACCACUGUCUUCAUUUACUUCUUUACUCUCUACCUCUCUCACCGACAUGGACUUCACAGGUCAUCCUAUUAGAUAGCUUAGGAAAGCUGCUUCCGACUCGUAUCUAAACCAAAUAUGCUAUCAACAACCUCCGACAUGGUUCUGUAAUGGCACACCAAACUGGAGCCGCUAGUGUGGUGGUGGCAGUGGCGAACCGUGACUAUAGGACCUAGGCCUUCAGAGGGACCAAAAAUCUUCCAUCACGUUAUCAAACCAAAAAAUCUAGAAAAUAACAGAAAACAUAGCAUCACUUAAUGCGCCCGACAUAUCUUCUGUAGUCGGACCAUUCUAGUUCUAGUGAAGGAAGAGGAAUACUUUUUGAUGACAUUAGGAGUUAAUCAAACAGGCCUGGCCGUGCUUUGGGCUGCCGCACACACAGCGACAACCGGCAUAGACACAACAUGAAACACAGCAUAGAAUAUUGCACUGUUUACACAAUUUAUGGUAGCCUACACCACUAUCACCAAUAGCGACAACAACAGUGUCGCAUCAAAGGUGACAGCCUCAUGGUGCUGAACGGACAGCGACUGUAAUACCUGUGCACUCCAUGGCACUGAAGGAGAGACAAUUUUGGUCAAAUAUAUAGACAUGGCUGAUACAGGCGACAGCAGUCUCACACAACGUCAAAUAAUGUUAAAGAAUAAGCAGCCCAUUCACUCCAGUAGGCCCCAUGAAAUCAUACCAAUACAAAUGCAAAAACCAUUUCAUGUUCCAAAUGAAAUUAACAAACCACCUAUUACUUCCCAUUGCAAAUAUAUUUUAUCACAUUCAUCUAAAGUUUAAAUGCAACAAUGUUUCAGUCAUUAUUUUCAGAGAUAGCUAACAGCAAGUGAGCUGCAACAAAAAACAGUGCCACUCACCAGAUUGUGAUCAUUUGUAAACAAAGUUUGAAAGUUAAUCUUGAAAAGGGUGACCCUAACAAAUUAGCAACAACAUCCACCUUGAAGUUGAUAACAGCUGCUGCGGCCACCGUGGCCAUUGUCACACUACUACAACACAAGCUAGCUAACGUUACUAGCGUUAGCGUGGGAAAACUAAAGCUUGCAACACUGAUUCUUUUCUCUUGUGCCCUCUUCUUCUUUAAGGUUUUCUGGCAGACGAUAACCUAUUAGUGUAUUGCCGUAUUCAUUCUGUAUUAUGAAUUCAUUACCUCUUGCACUCUCAGUAGUAACGUGUCUAUGAGAAGGCCUAGGACAUUAGCAAAAAAAAAAAAGUCCCACCCAUUGCAAGUCAAAAUGUGAUUGGUUCGUUCCACUGUCACUCCAAAAUUCUGCUCUAAUACAGUUGAAUGGCAGAGGCCUUCUGUCCAGCUUCUGAAGGCCUAGCCAAUGGCUGGCUGUGCUAGAUUUUUCUACCCAGAGAUCACCAAAGGAAAUCCUGAUUUGGAUCUUUUUUUUCUAUUCGUAUUAAGCCUUCUCUUUCUAACACAAACUGAAGAGAUGAAGUCAGAAUAUUAUUAUAAGUAUUGUAAAGAUGAAAAAUAAAUGUUAAAUAAGUAUAUAUACAUGUUUAUAGAUCCUUAGGCCUUCUCUGAAGGCCAUUGUGGUUCCCCACUGGGUGGUGGGCAGCCUCAUGGCUUUAAGCCAAAUUCAUAGUUGCUAUUGUGAGUCCGGCAGCUUUAAUGUCACACUACAAUGUAAAAACAAAAAACAAUCUACUAGUAACACAUUUCUAGUACAAAAUACAUUUGGUAUUGCCCCACUAAUUACCUGGUAAUCACUUAGAAACUACUUAACAUAGUUCGACGUAAUUAUUUCUCAAUAAUUACUUCUCGGUCACUUGGGGAUUCAUUAUAAUGAAUACCAGGAAGUACCAAUUGUUACCAAGAAGUUACCAGUUUGGUUCAAUGAUUAAAAGUAAUAACCAGAAAGUACAAAUAAUUCCUAUUGGUAUUUUCACAUUAAAUACCACACUACCAAUAAUAAUGCAACCUUCUGGCUUCUGGUCUACCUCUCUAACCUCUAGGCUACCUCCCCUCUCCGUUGAUAUUAAAUAAGUAUUUUAAGAAUUAGAAUAACUUUAUUUUGUGUGUUUUCUGAAUGAUCCAGGAGAGGCUGGAGAAAGAGAAGAAGCUAACCAAGGACUUUGGCCAGGCGGCAACCAAGCUCCAGCAGAUGCUCAAGGCCACCCAGGAGCAGCUCGCCAAAGAGCAGGACACCGUCAAAACCUUGCAGAGCCAGCUUGUUGGGAAGGUAGGCCAACCACACUGCACCACCUUAUUUAGCAGGCCCACCACAGCUCAUAGACCUACACUGUGUGGGUGUAGACACUUAUGUCUUCUAUGGAAAACCCUUUCCCCCCCCAUUCCCAUGUUUGGGUUUCAAUCGAAUGCCAGUGUAGGUAGGGGGCUUAACUCUUUUGGUGGCAUGUGGCUAUAUUCAACAGAGUAUAGUGGACCGUUAUUAAUGCUCUGCAGACCCUAGAAGUAUGCACUAUGCUGUAGGGGCCCGAUUCCGACUUAGGAAAUUACGCAUUUCUUACGCACGCCUUUCCUACACACUUCUCAGUAGUUGGUAUAAAGACUUACACUAUAUAUACAAAAGUAUGUGGACACCCCUUCAAAUUAGUGGAUUCCGCUAUUUCAGCCACACACGUUGCUGACAAGUGUAUAAAAUCGAGCACACAGCCAUGCAAUCUCCAUAGACAAACAUUGGCAGUAGAAUGGCCUUACUGAAAAGCUCAGCGACUUUCAACGUGGCACCGUCAUAGGAUGCCACCUUUCCAACAAGUCAAUUUGUCAAAUUUCUGCCCUGCUAGAGCUGCCCCGGUCAACUGUAAGUGCUGUUAUUUUGAAGUGGAAACAUCUAGGAGCAACAACGGCUCAGCCGUAAAGUGGUAGGCCACAUAAGCUCACAGAAUGGGACCGGUGGAAGCAACGUCAGCACAAGAACUGUUCAUCGGGAGGCUAAGAUCACCAGCUCUUAUCAAGAUCACCAUGCGCAAUUCCAAGCGUCGGCUGGAGUGGUGGUAAGCUCGCCGCCAUUGGACUCUGGAGCAGUGGAAAUGUGAAUGAUGAUCCCGCUUCACCAUCUGGCAGUCCGACGGCCAAAUCUGGGUUUGACGGAUGCCAGGAGAACGCUACCGGCUCCAAUGCAUUGAGACAACUGUAAAGUUUGGUGGAGGAGGAAUAAUGGUCUGGGGCUGUUUUUCAUGGUUCAGGCUAGGCCCCUUAGUUCCAGUGAAAUCUUAAAUCUACAGCAUGCAAUGACAUUCUUGACGAUUCUGUGCUUCCAAUUUGUGGCAACAGUUUGGGGAAGGCCCUUUCCUGUUUCAGCAUGACAAUGCCCCUAUGCACAAAGCGAGGUCCAUACAGAAAUGCUUUGUCGAGAUCGGUGUGGAAGAACUUGACUGGCCUGCACAGAGCCCUGACCUCAACCCCAUCAAACACCUUUGGGAUGAAUUGGAACGCCGACUGCGAGCCAGGCCUAAUCGCCUAACGUCAGUACCCGACCUUACUAAUGCUCUUAUGGCUGAAUGGAAGCAAGUCCCCGCAGCAAUGUUCCAACAUCUAGUGGAAAGCCUUCCCAGAAGAGUGGUGACUGUUAUAGCAGCAAAGGGGGGAGCAACUCCAUAUUAAUGGCUAUGAUUUUGGAAUGCAAUGUUCGAGCAGGUGUCCACAUACUGUUCAUGUAGUGUACCUUUUAAGGUGCGUAACAGGCUUUGCAGGUGUGGUUCCCUUGCGCACGCUGAAUAAAUGUAAUUCAACCGCUGAAAACCCUCCCAUUUACAUUUUAGUCAUUUAGCAGACGCUCUUAUCCAGAGCGACUUACAGUUAGUGAAUACAUAUUUUUUUAUACUGGCCCCCCAUGGGAAUCGAACCCACAACCCUCUAUCAACUGAGCUACAUCCCUGCCGGCCAUUCCCUCCCCUACCCUGGACGAAAUUUUCAGUUCUUUAACCCAUGUUAAUGUUUGAAGAUUAGUGUACAUAUAAUUAUAAUAGGGAGAAUAGUGUACAAUAGUAGGCUAUACCCUCAUCUAUUGCCUGCCAUGCGUCGGAUUCAAACUGUUAUUGCUUGGUCUGCGCUCCGCUCCAUAACGAUUUAAUUAGCCUAUGUCUUUAAAAAGAUAAAUAUGAUCAACUAUUACUAAUGAUCCUCAGCAACAACCACAUGGCCAUGACACCAUUUACAGAGGAAGCAAAUGAAGGUAAACAAAACUAUCAUUAAAUUGAAUAAUGUAGGCUAUACCAACUGAACGGAACGAACAGUAAAUUGGCAGUUUAAUAUGUUAUUAGACCUGCUGACGGUUGUUACUGAUAGUGGCUAAUAUUUAACAUGAUAAAAUUAGGAAACUGAGAAAGUCGGGGAAUCCUAUAAUUAGGAUAUUUGAGAGUGCCCUGCAAGUUAAAAGGCUAUACAUCAUGGCACAGAAAGUUGAUAUGCUUCAGUUUGCUGCCAUAUGACUGUUCACAUUUGUCUCCAGCGAUUAGAAGGUAAAAUGUAUCUAAAACAAGUGUCAUAUUUACAACUCCCUUAUCCAAAUGGAAACUCAUUUACCUAGCUCUUAUCAAGAUGUAAAUUACAGUGCAUGGAGAAUGGUGUUAUUUCUAUUUGAAAAAAAAUUAUGGAUGCUUUUUCCACUUGGAACCAGUAGUCCCCUAGACGUUAUUCAUGUUUUCCUCACGCAUAAAGGUGGUGGGAUUAAGUCAAGGUCAGAAUAUGGCGUAUCUGUAGACACACCUCCAUUUCACGCUAUUCUCAUGCUUAAGUUCAAGGUCAGAAUAUAUAAAAGUGCCUAAAAAUGGAAAUGCGUUCCAUUUACGCACACUUAACUCGGAUCGGAAUCGGGCCCUAGGUGAUUAGGAAGGGCUAAAGUAGCACUUGAAUAGAUUGAGACACAUAUGGCCGUUUUCCCGGAUUCAGAACAAGCCCAGUCCUGGACUAAAAUGUACUUUCAAUGGAGAUUCUCAAUUGAGAAUAAUUUUUGGCCCCGGACUAGGCAUAAUCUGGGUCCGGCAAACCGACCCCAAGGGUUGGAUAAUUUCAACAUGAAACAACUUUAUUUUUACUGCCCAUUUCAAUCUUGAUAUGAUAUGAAGUAUUUAUCAGGCUAUUAUUGCCGAUAUCGAUACCAUUGGUUUAAAAAGGGAGGAUUAAAAAUGCAUGAAUACGGAAGAAGCACAGCUGCAAAUACAGCCAAUGAGCCGAGUUAUCUCUGCUCUGGAUCACCAAUGCUUAAAUCAAGAGAAAAGUGUGCAGAGUAUCGAUACCAGAACAUGUCAGUUUUGGAUUGGGCAGUAUUGAUAUUUUGGUAUACUGUACAUACGCCCAUCCCUAGUUGUCAGAGUCCAGGCAGUGGUUUAGACUUGUUAGGGCCCUCGUUACUAUUUAUCAGAUGGUCUUUGUAUGUCUCUGUACAGUGAUUUAUUCAAAGUCCUAUUUGUUUUUGGUACUUUCUCUCCACCAGGAGGAGCCCAAGCAACCAAAGGAAGGGACAUCCGUCUAAGAAGACCGAAUGAACAUCCCACAACUUGCCAAAAUGCCAUAAUUAUUUUACUUUUCCCCCCUCUUUUUCUCUUGUACUGUAGUUUGCAGUCAAAAAAUUAUCAUUUUGUUAAGGGAUGGGGAGUUCAGAAGCGUUUAAAAUUGUAUGCCUUAUUGUUAUGUUGGAACCAACAAUCAAUUGAGGAGUCUCUGGCUGUCAGAAACUUCUGUUUAUUUGUCCUGACAUUCCUAGAACUCCCAGUGGUUCAGUGUUAUUGAAAAGGGGAAUUGCCUGUGCGUUAAAUGUGCAGCAACUAGUGCAAUCACUUUCUUGUCCUUUUGCCUGCCCUUUAUAUGACAUUGAAAAGGGAGGUGAUUUCAUGGUACGCAGAUGCAAUACAAUGUAAUGCCUUAUACUUUACGUAGUGGGCUGCCGACAAAUGUGAGAAUUUGUAACAAAUAAACUGUAGAUCCAUUUGGGUUGGUGGGUGUAUUACUGUUUAUUGCACAAAUACAUUAUGGAAAAGAGGAAUUAUUUGUGACAAACACAAAAUAUGCAGUUUGACUGUACUAUAUGUUAAAGGGGAAGUUCAGGAUUUUACAACUUGAUGUUAGAUCAGAGGUGUUGGAUCAGGCCCACGGGGAGGGGUCCAAUCCGGUCUGUGGAUGACUAGUUCCCACGGAUGGGUAGUAAUGGAUUACAUGUAACAGUGAUUACGUAAUCUGAUUUUUAAAAUGUACUGUAAUGAUCAACCCAGAUUCCCCCCAAAAAUAAAAUGUAAUUUAAUUACAGUUGAAGUCUUACAUGUUGGAUUACUUUGAAACAAACUUGAAAACUUUUCAGCGUUGCUGUCAUU